AUGGCUGAGCAGGUUGAGAGCACUAGCCCAGAGGCCAUGCCAAGAAUGAUAGACUUCAUGUCCUCAGUUCUCGAGCGAGUGGCCAAAUCCAACGAUCUGAGCCGGGGGUUCGAGCCGACCCAGAGGCUGUCGCUUUUCCACAGCCUCACCACACCCACCAUUACAAUCCACAGCUACCUCCAGAGGAUCUUCAAGUACGCAGAUUGCAGCCCCUCUUGCUUCGUCGUUGCCUACGUCUACCUCGACCGCUUCACUCAGACGCAGCCAUUGUUGCCCAUCGAUUCUUUCAAUGUCCACCGCUUGCUCAUCGCCAGCGUCUUGGUCUCUGCAAAGUUCAUGGAUGACAUAUAUUACAACAAUGCCUAUUAUGCUAGAGUUGGAGGGAUCAGCACAGCAGAGAUGAACCUUCUUGAGGUGGACUUCUUGUUUGGUUUGGGCUUCCAAUUGAAUGUCACACCUGCAACUUUUUACACCUACUGUUCUUAUCUUCAAAGAGAAAUGUUGUUGCAAUCUCCCCUGCAUGUAGCAGAAUCUCCUCUGAAUUUGGCCAGACGUCUAAAGCUUCAUUGCUCCUUCAAUGAAGAUGAAUCCGCCCAUCAAAAACAGCUUGCUGUUUAG